AUGUCAAAAAAAAUCGAAAUGUCGAUUGCAGCUUGUGCAGUUGCAAUUCGUCGCGAUUUUAAUAAUGAAACUAUUAAAAUUAAAACAGUUUUCCGCAUAAAUUGAUUAAGCCAUCACGUCUCAAUGAGCGCUAAUUAUACGAAUAUCUGUACAAAUUAAUUACCGAAAAGGAAACGGGUAUAGAAAAUAACAUGGAUGUGACAGGAUCGAUAAACAAUGAAGAAGAAGGUAUUGAAAGUAUUGAAAAUGAAAAUGAAGAGGAUGUGGACUAUUCGGAAGAGAGGGAGUUAGUGAAUGACUCCUGCUCGACCAAAGUCCUGAACACCUGCGAGGAGCCCAGAGACAGAUACUGGGUUGUGUAUUUAUUAUUUUAUUUGUUUGGAAUAACGUCGCUCGUUCCUUGGAACUUCUUGAUUACGGCGAAUGAUUACUGGAUGUACAAAUUUCGCGAUGUCACACCCAAUAAUCUUACGGUGUACGUGCGCAAGACUCAGUUCCAAGCUGAGUUUACAUCCUACCUGAAUGUGGCCACUGCUAUACCUAACUUGAUAUUCCUUAUAUUAAACUCUUUGUUUGGACAUUUGGUGUCAGUAAAGAGCCGACUACAAGGAUCUCUAAUAGUGGUCACUCUAUCGUUCCUAGUCACCACAUCACUAGUAAUGGUGGAUACGGAUGAGUGGCAGAACACAUUCUUCAUUAUAACCAUGGUCAGCGUUGUUAUUAUGACUGCCGCAAGUGCAGUGUUCAUCGGUGGAUUGGUGGGUAUUGCGAGUAGAUUUUCCAAAGAAUACAUGGCUGCGUUCGUCAGCGGACAAUCUCUUGGGGGUAUCAUAGCUGCCAUUGCUCAGAUAAUUUCUCUCGCCUUCAAAAUAUCACCCCUUCACAGCGCACUCAUAUACUUCUGUAUAGCCGAUUUUAUGGUCAUAGCGUCCUUGAUAUCGUACGUCCUUUUGUACAAAAUAGAUUUCUUUACAUACCAUAUCCUGAGGGGUUCGGGCGGUAUGGGCACAAAUCGACAUAGGGAAGUGUCGAUUUUGCUUAUCUUGAAGAGGAUUUGGGUGUACGCGUUUAGUAUUUUCGCCGUUUUCGGAAUAUCGAUGGCUGUGUAUCCCGCUGUUACCGUUUUAGUUGAAUCUCACCCCGUUACAUCUGGGACCGAUUGGAACAAUAUAUUCUUUGUUCCGGUGGUCAACUAUCUGAUAUUCAAUUGUGGCGAUUAUUCCGGGCGUUUGGUGGCAGGAUUUUUGUUACGGCCGGAUAACCAAUGGAUAAUAGCCGGGGCAAGUUUAUUGAGGAUCAUCGGAAUCCCCAUGCUAAUGCUAUGCAACGCUCAACCCAGGAAGCACUUACCGGUUAUAUUUCUAUGGGACUACGAGUAUAUCUUGAUCAUGAUAGUAUUCGCCUUCACCAACGGUUACCUCACCAAUAUAAUCAUGAUUAAUUCUACGAGGGUGGUAGAAAUGCAUGAAAGAGAGAAAGCAUCGAGUAUAAUCGCGACAAUGCUUAGCGUCGGUUUGACAGUCGGAGCUGCUGUAGGCAUGCUUCUAGUAAGAUUACUGUGAAUUAACAUCUAAAGGUAUUUUUUUUUUAAUAUCAUAAUUUUUAGAAUUGUCAAACAUGAUAUCGUAUUAUAUAGAAAUGUAAAAAUUAGUCAGACGUAUGGUGAAAUUCAAAAAAGCGCGGAAAACACAAAAAAAAUCUUAUAGUAUCAGUAAAACAUCACUACGUAGGGAUAUCUAAGUUCGAUACUUAAAAGUAUUACUGUAUACUUUUAUGUUUGAAAUAAAAUAAUAGUGACAAAUUUUAUUUGUAAUAACGACUAAAGAACUUGUAAGAGAUAUUUUGCAAUAUUACUGGUACACUUAAAUAUAAAUAUCAAAGUAAUAUAGACAAAGUAUCAAAAUUGAUCAAGCAAACUAACAUGUCUCUCAUUUACGUCAAUGAUAUUAUUUUAAUGUUGUCAUGUUGUUAGUCAUAAAUGUAUAUCAAAUGAAUACUUCUGUGCUCCAAUGUACGCCAGUCUACUGUGAAUAUUUAAAAAAAAAACAUGAAAAAGUAUUUUUAAUAUUGGCAACUUCUGAAAAGUCA